CAUUUCGAGUUUUCCCGCAAGCGCGAGCGGAUCGACGCUGGGUCGCCUCGCGCCUCACACCUGCUCGGCGCGGUCCAACUUCGAACGCGGAGUGCCUCGACCUAUGAAAAGGACCCUCUCGUGACACCUUUCCAAAUCCAGACCACGAAGACGUGAAUCAUGUCGGUGAUAUACAGGAACUCCAUGAAGACCAUCGGCCAGUUCGUGCCAGAGAAACUGCAGCCUCUGUGGAAACAUCCAGCUGGUCCGCAGACGAUCUUCUUCUGGGCACCGGCGUUCAAGUGGGGACUCGUCCUAGCAGGCUUGGGCGAUCUACAAAGGCCACCUAGUCAAAUAUCCAUCAGCCAGUCGACUGCACUCGGGCUUACGGGAAUCAUCUGGACGAGAUACUCCCUGGCCAUUGUACCGAAGAACUGGAGCCUCUUCAGCGUGAAUCUUUUCGUUGCCUGCACGGCGUUGUAUCAAAUCUCUAGAGCGAUAAGGUAUCAACGUGAACAGGCAGCGAAGGAACUCGAGGCGGCGCCGGCGCAAUAACCACACGUCCUGGGUGAAGACUAGAGACAAUAGUAACAUCAUGUAUUACCAUCUCUCGUCCAGACUUAUUGCACUGGUGUUAUCGAAUCCUUGGUGACGUUAGCAAUUACUACAUCCGUUAUUCAAGAGUUCAAUGCAAAGCGAACGCUGGCGCGUUACGAGAAAGAAGUAGGGAGGGAACUUUCAGUGGAUCUGAAAGAGUCGUACAAAUUGAUCCGCGUAUGGGGAAUCCGCAAACUGUAAACGCGCACACUUGCGAAUGAGAUGUUAUUUAUUUUCUGUGUCUAUUGAAUAAUUGACCGAACGGUCGAUUGCUGUAUAUAAUGUCUGAAGCGUAGCGGAUUUAACUGGCAGACUGUGAUACGCAUUCAAGGCGCUGGAAACAAAUUAUAUCGAUAUUAUAACAAAUUAUAUCGAGAGAGGUGGUAUCCUUAGAUCAUCUUUGGUCACCGCGCAAUGCGAUCUCGAUUAAUCCCCUUAAUCCGAGAUUAACCAUUGCUUGGUUUCGCCACCAACCGCGGAACGGGAAUCACCCUCCUAGCAAAUUCAAACCAAGCACCUGUCUCCGAAACAAUGUACAAUCGAUUAAACCUGUACCAAUGAAUGCACAGAGGCGAGCACGAGUCUACGCGGUUCGUCGCACAACCGUUGAAAUUGUUCCACAAGAAUUGAAAUAAAAUGCCCUAUUUUCAGUACCUCGUUUA